ACACUGUGUGAAUGUGAAUGAUUGUUACACGCGCGUUAAAAGUCUAGCAACUCUCUUCCUCAAUCAUGCGAAAUGAGUUGAACAUCUGUGCAGGCGAGGUUUGAACACGGGUUGACAAAUUUCCGAUUUGAGCAAUACGCGGUGGUUUGCAGGCUGUUUACCUUGGGGAAAAGUUCUCGGCUGCUGAAAAGCGCUUGGUUUUAUUGACCAGGAUGAAACAAUCAAAAAGUGCACUGGAAUUGAUUGACUUGAGCUUUUUGUCUGCUGAGGAAGAGGCAGCCAUCCGUCAAGUGCUUCUGAGAGAUGAAGAUUUAAAACGACUGGAGAGUGGACGAGUCAGGAAACUGAGGCAGUCAGUCCCUGACUUUCAACAGCUGAAGACUUUGACAGGUGAGUGGUUUGAAGAGCUCAGGGUCAAGCGAUACGGGCUGCAGACAGAUGUCACUGCAGUGGUGAGGUCCUCCAUGAGAUGGAAGAAAACAGCAGCUCAUAAACCCAACCCGUUCCUGAAUGAAAAGGAGGAUCACAUUACACCUUCAACGUAUUCAAAUCCAUCAGCUGACCCUAGAUUAAUUCAUCCAGCACUUAGUAAAGAGAGUUAUCAUCAAUAUACUGAUGAGGACUUUAUGGAUGGUGAGGCUUCAUCUGCUCCAAGAGUGGCUGGAAGAAAAGAAAAACUACGAGCAGAACUCAAUGGCAAUCAUGUCCUCAAUAGCACUGACCCACAAGACAAUUCAUCAGAAGCACAACCCAAAGAGCUCUCUGGUGACCAAACAACUGUUUUUCCCUUCUUAAGUGCAGUUCAAGACACUAAACCCGAAAGAGGCACCACAAAACAUGCAACAAAUCCAGAGCCAGGGCGAAAAGUUUCACUCCCUCAAGUAUUAAGUAAAGACCAAUCGUUUGAAGAGAACUGGGUGAAGAUAUCCCUCGAACCGAAUGCAGUGAAACCUAUGCAUGAUGAAAGCAAUAGUGUUGGACCUAAACAAAAAGAGGGGAAAGAUGCUUCCGGUGAUUCUGCCGAUGACCGACCAGUGGAAAUGGAAAAGAAAACACCUAAAAAAAAUGAGCUGUUGCACAAUAAAACAGCCGAUAUAAGUGCAGUAGAAGAUUUCAAAAUGUCAUCACCACCUUCAAAACCAAGUGUCAGUGACAAAACUGUGCAAAGAUAUCUUGAUGCUCAUGAAGAUAAAGAAAAAAUUAAGAAAAAGUCAUCAAAUGAUCAUAAUUUAGCAAAAGACACUAACAAUACAAGUCAAGUUUUAGCAGAAUUAAGCCAAGACUAUCUUUCAAUGACAGAUAAUGGGAAAUUAGUGCACAUUGGAAAUGCUGGAGAGCACGUUGACACUAAACAUAACGACAAAACUGCUGUUGAACCAAUUCGACCAGCUAAACCUACAAGUGAAGAUGUUGCUGGGCUGGGUCAAGGUUCUUCAGAGAUAAAAGUUGAGGAGGACAAUGCUGAAACCGAGCAGGGGAUGAAGUCAGAUAUAGUACUAAGUGUUCUGGCCAGAGCUCAAAAGACAAGACCACCCGUCCUGCAGAAGAACACUGCUCUGGAGCCAAAGCAGGAGACUAGAGAUGAUAUGGUUCCCACAAUAGUCAUUAUGCCAUCUGAAUCUCCAGAUCCAACAAAAAUGAAAGGACAGAAACAUGGCGUGUCAGAUCUAGAGGCUUUACUUGAGGGAUCCACAUCUAAAACUCCUUCCUACACUGCAAAUGCUCGGGGGUGUGCAGUAUUGAUCAGAGAUGAAGGAGUUGAUUCAGAUGAUGAUGAUACUUCAUUGUCCAGCUAUGGGUCAGAUCUCUCUAGCAGAAAAGGCUAUUCGGCUAGCGCGUUGUCUCUUACUGAUCGCACCGGUAGUUUGCUGAGUGUGUACAGCGACGCAGGGGAUUUUGGGAAUGUUGAAGUGCAGGGCUCUGUGGAGUUUGCAGUGAUGUACAGCCCUGUUGGAGAGCUGAUCAUCAUGAUUGAACAGUGCCAGGAUCUGGCCAUAGCUGAUCCACGUAAACAACGCACUGACCCUUAUGUGAAGACCUACCUCUAUCCAGACAAGUCACGUCGCAGCAAAAGGAAAACUUCCAUUAAGAAAUGGACUGCGAAUCCAGUUUACGUUGAAUCUCUGAGAUACAAAGUGAAGCGUGAAGAGCUGCCGGAUAAGACUCUGAAUCUGUCCGUGUGGCACAAUGACUCCAGAGGCAGAAAUCUGUUCCUGGGGCAGGUUGAGAUCAGUUUUAAGAUCUGGGACUGGGGACAUGAGGCCCUCACCUGGUACAACCUACAGCCAAAGACCUCAGAAAAUCAAGAAUCGCAAGAGUCUAAUGGAUUGUUAUCAAUUUCACUGAAAUAUGCCCCUCCGGAGUCCGGUGGGUCGAAGAACAGCACCGGGGAGAUUCAUGUCUGGCUGCGGGAGGCAAAGGAAUUACGUCGCCUGAAGCCUCAGGGAGUCGAUUCAUUUGUUAAGUGCUACAUUUUACCAGAUACCAGAAAGAAAAGCCGCCAGAAGACUCGCAUUGUAAAAAAGACGCAGGACCCUGUGUAUAACCAUGCCAUGGUGUAUGACGGGUUCAAAACUGGGGAGGUCAGUGAGGCCUGCUGCGAAUUGACUGUUUGGGAUCACAACACACUCGCCAAUCAGUUUCUGGGAGGUCUGCGCCUCAGUCUCGGAACAGGACAGAGCUAUGGCAAGAAAGUUGAUUGGAUGGACUCGAUGGAUGAGGAAAUUCAAAUAUGGAAAAGAAUGUUGGCUAAUCCAAACAGCUGGGUUGAGGGAGAGCUUCCCCUGAGGUCCUCCAUGACCCCGAGGAAAUGAACCUCCUGAGGCUGUGGUCUGAAAUGUUUAGUUGCAAAAGAAAAACAGUUGUUGGUUCCCAAAACAAACUAAGCAUAUUCGAUUACCAAGUCAUUUUCUUCAUUUCAGCCCAAAAAAAUUAUAUUUUCUGCAAGCAAUACAAAGAGUAUAUUAUGUUGAGAACUUAGUUUGAACAUCAGAUAUGACUAUUAGCUAUCGAGAGUAUAUAUGGAAUAGUCAAUCAUGCUUAAUCAUAUUAAAUAAUUUAUCCAUACAUAGAGAUGUGAUUGUUGUGAUUCAUUUUAAAAUAAACAAGCGAAA